AUGUCGACUUCAUUCACGAUGAUCGGCGGUGAAGGUCCCGAGAGUUACCAAAAGCAUUCAAAAUAUAAGGGAGGAUUGCUUGAAGCAGCAAAGGAGAAGAUCAACGAAGCCAUCUCUAUGAAACUCGACAUCGUCUUCACUUCAAAUCUUGUUAACAUAGCAGAUUUUGGUUGUUCCACUGGACCUAACACUUUCAGAGCGGUACAAACCAUAAUAGAUGCCGUGGAACACAAGUAUUAUCUCCAUGAAACAGAAUUCCAAGUUUUCUUCAACGAUUCUUCAAACAACGAUUUCAACACUCUCUUCGAGACACUUCCUCCGGCUAGAAAAUAUUUUGUAACUGGAGUUCCGGGUUCUUUCUUUGGCCGUGUUCUUCCUAGGAGAAGUCUUCAUGUCGGAGUUUCUUCUUAUUCACUCCAUUUCGUAUCCAAGAUUUCCAAAGAAAUUAAAGACCGUGAUUCUCAUGUAUGGAACAAGGACAUACACUGCACUGGACAUACACAAGAAAUGAUUCCUCAACUUGCCAAUGCCAAACCAGGGAUGCAAUAUCUUAUCGUGCUUCGAAGAAUUUGA